AUGUUUUCAAGCGGCACGACGAACAUUGAACAGGAAGAGAAAAAGGCAUUUCUUGAUAAAUCAACAAGAACCGCCAACGAGCUGUCUGCGGACGCGUCGAAAAGCCGCAAAUCGACCAAGACGAGCGUUGAGAAGACGAUCACCGCGCCGCGCGGACCCAAAAUGAGCGACGGUUCCGAGUUCGAUACGGGACCAUAUGGCUGGAUAUUCUCAAUAAUGUACCUUCUCAUCUUAUGGGGCAUCUGCAUCGCAUUCUCAGUGGCACUCGUCUCAUUGCAUAUAAAAAACAUGCAUCCACAAUUUCCCACCUAUUUCGGUGACGGCUCGUUUAUUGGAGGAGUUCCUUUGGUGACAUUCGAUCCGAACCCGAAGCGGUUUUUGGAGAGCCGCCAGAAUUUGAUGAGCUUCAACAUUUAUGAUUUCUUCUCCUAUCGUAACCUGCUCAUUCGGUACAAGCAAGUGCUCAAAACUUACACUGUCGAUGAAAAAGAAAGUAGUGGGAAGAAGGAGUUGUGUCGGACGAAGAAGCUCACCGAGACGGAAGCGUGCAAAUUUGAUCGUGUCACAAAUUUUGGCGAAUGCGUCUUGGAUGACGACAAUUUGGAGCACGGGUUCGGCUUCAGCAAAGGCCAACCGUGUCUGAUGCUGAAACUCAACAAAAUUAUUGGAUGGUAUCCGUCGUUUUUGAACAAUUCGAAUUGCCCAAAAACGAAUCUCUGCUGCGGCGAGGGCAUCAAAUUCGUUUGCGAGUCCGACGAUGAUGUGAAUUUCGAAUACUAUCCGAAGACGGGAAUCCCGGCGUGCUAUUUUCCGUAUGCCAAUCAGAAGGGCUAUGAGCAACCGUAUAUGAUGGCGAAAAUUUCGAAUAUCACUUUUGACAAGGAGGUGUCGAUCACGUGCUCGCCGGCUCAUUCGAGCCUCAAAAAAAUGGAGAACGGCAAAGCGAACGAGCUUCGCUUCACGAUGUUGAUGUCGAAAAUGUCGCCGACCGAGGCGGUUGCCUGA